AUGGAUUGUCCCGCCCGCGGCAGCGAAGCUGUGCGGGUCCUGGCCGACGCGAUCAAGCGACAAACUGCGCGAAAUGCCCGAGUCGGGGGGGCCCUCGUGGCUUCUAAGGCGAGGGCCUACGAAGCCAGCGAGCUGCUGCAUGCAGAGCAUCUUUCGCAGCUGCUGCAGGGCCUUGCUGCGGACUUGCAGGCAGCAGAAGCAGCAGCAGAGGAAGCGCAGCAGCAAAUUGACGGGGAGCGGCUGCGGCACGCGGAGGCGAAGGCGCAGAUCGCAGCAGACGCGCAGCAGCAGCUGCAGCGGCUGCAGCAGGAAGAAGCUGCUGCGCUGAAGCAGCAGCACCAGGCAGAGGACAAGCUGCUGCAGACAGAAGCUGCUUUGAAGGCUGGGGAAGAACAGCUGGAAGCAGCAAGAGAACACCACAAAGAGCUGCAGCGGCAAGCAGCAAAAGACGAAAACAAAGUCCUGCAGCUGAUUGAAAAGGACCGAGAAGCAGCAGAAGAGGAAGAGGAGGCUCAAGCAGCACAAGAAGAAAGUGAAGAAGCGUUUGCGUUUCGCGCGCCGUCUCUGUCUGGCUCUGUGCGCGUUUUUCAACUUUUUGAACUGCUGGAGAUCGGGCGAUCCGGGCCUUGA